CACCUCAUGCUCGUUGUCCGAGUCGUCGCAGUACGGACACGCUGACAGCUGACUCGGUGACUUUGUGCCGUGGUAACCUCUGAAUGGGAAAAGCAUCUGUCGGACACGACGCACGCCGUAAAUCGCACAACAGCUGAAAUCAGAGUUCGGAAAACGUUCGCGGUUUUUCGUAUGCAUACCCCGUCGCUUUGUCGUCGCCUUCGAGUCAAAGUGCCCGCGUUAUCCGUUCACUGACCGAAUUCACAACGUUUUCUGGGACGAGGUCUCGACCCCAGGGACAUGGCGAGCCCGAGAACACGACGAAUACUUGGUGAAUUAAAACCCCGCGAUGAAAAUAGUAAAUGCUUCGAGUGUGGAGCCCACAAUCCUCAGUGGGUUUCCGUUACGUAUGGAAUAUGGAUCUGCCUCGAGUGUUCCGGCAAGCACCGAGGCCUUGGUGUGCACUUAUCCUUUGUGCGUUCCGUUUCUAUGGACAAAUGGAAAGACUCGGAACUUGAGAAAAUGAAAGUUGGUGGAAACAGAAAGGCUCGUGAAUUCUUCGAGGCUCAACCUGACUGGGAUGAUUCCAUGUCUAUACAGCAACGAUACAACACUAAUGCUGCAGCUCUCUACAGAGACAAGAUAGCAACAUUGGCGCGUGGAGAAACGUGGACCCCAAGUUCUUCCGGUGUCAAGACUUCAAGGAGUUCAACGUAUCAAGACAAUAAUAGUAGAUACGAGCAAAACUCAUAUCAGAGUGAAGAUUCCAGUUCGUAUCAGAACUUUAACACAGCUAGCUUUAAAACUCAAACUGAAUCGUUUUUUGCCAGGAAACAGGAUGAAAAUGCAUCUAGACCCGAAAACUUACCGCCAAACCAAGGAGGAAAGUAUGGAGGCUUUGGUUACCAAAUGGAUGCCCCACCACGAAGCUCUUCCCAAGAAUUUUUUGAUACUGCUGUCUCAUCCCUUGCCAGCGGUUGGUCGAUAAUGUCAUCUUCAGCAGCAAAGAUCGCAACCAAGGCAACAGAAAACGCAAUUAAGAUUGGUGGAAUGGCUUCUCAAAAGGUUCGCGACGGUACUAUUUUGGAGGAUGUAGGAGCACAAGUUAACACUCUUGCCGCAAAGGUCAGUGAUUUAGGGCGUCGAGGAUGGGGAGAUAUCAGUGGAACAAAUUCGUCAGAACAGCAUCAACAGUUUGAUUCAAAUGAUCAGUACCAGACGUCAAAUACUCAACAAAACAGUUAUUCCAGCAGUUCAUAUUCAACCGAAAAAUCAUCGUUAGUUGCUGGAAAUACGAUGAAGAGCAGUUCUUCAGGGACUAAGCUUUCUAGUCGGGACUGGGACUCCUGGGGAAGUAGCACUAAUCCAAAAUUAUCAAAUGAAUCCACCAGGGAUGAUCGGUCAAAGCCAGUGCCUCGGGCAUCAAAAAAAGCAAAUAGCAAAGAGAAAUCUUUAAUCGACUUUGAAGAAGACAAUAAUAAGCCCGCAGAUUGGAAUUCGAAACUAGAAGAAGAUGCAUGGAAUAUAUUGAAAGAUUAAUCAUAACAUUGUUUAGGUGUCAACUUAUUUUUCUUUCGCUGAAAUUAACAACAAGGCUCAACAUUUCAAGUUUCACAGUAGAAAUAUACAUAAUUAUUCAUGCAUUUGAAAGACACAGUAAAUACAAUUUAAUAGACGUAUGAAAAUGUAGAUACAUGCAGUAAGCAGUUGCUCUUCCAUGAUGUUGCUACCAGACUCUUAAAUGUUUCAUGUAAAGUUUCAAGCUAUUUAGCAUUUAUGAUUCAUUGAUGUUGAGCGAUGUAUGUGAAAGUAUAAUCGAUAGGUUAU